GAGCGCGGUGCUGAGGCCGCCUUAGCGAAAAAAAUGUCCGCCUGAGGAGACCCACAAGUUCUAUUCGGGGGGACCGCCAGCCCGCCCCGGGGAGGAAGGGGCGGCCAGGCCCGAGAGCCGCCUCACCCUCCCGGAUCCGAGAGCUCGCGCGGGGCAAAGUGAAUCGAGCCGCUGGGCGGUGCAAAGGGAAGCCGGAGCCCGCUCUCCCGGCCAAAGUGAACUUUAAUCGGGGUGGUUGGAUGCGAAGACGGGGCGGCAGGACCUGUUAGAAGUGGCCGAAGAUGAAUCCUCAGCAGCAGCGCAUGGCCGCUAUAGGGACCGACAAGGAGCUGAGCGACCUGCUGGACUUCAGUGCGAUGUUUUCCCCACCUGUUAAUAGUGGGAAAACCAGACCAACGACACUUGCAAGCAGUCAGUUCAGUGGAUCAGGUAUUGAUGAACGAGGAAGUACAACAUCUUGGGGAACAAGUGGUCAACCAAGCCCCUCUUACGACUCAUCUAGAGGUUUUACAGACAGCCCUCAUUACAGUGAUCACUUGAAUGACAGUCGAUUAGGGGCCCAUGAAGGCUUGUCCCCAACACCUUUCAUGAACUCAAAUCUGAUGGGAAAAACAUCAGAGAGAGGCUCAUUUUCCUUAUACAGCAGAGACACCGGAUUACCAGGCUGUCAAUCUAGUCUCCUGAGACAAGAUCUAGGGCUUGGAAGCCCAGCACAGUUGUCUUCAGGAAAACCUGGGACACCAUACUACUCAUUCUCUGCCACAAGUUCCAGAAGAAGACCACUCCAUGACUCUGCAGCACUUGAUCCUUUGCAAGCAAAGAAAGUCAGAAAGGUGCCUCCUGGUUUGCCUUCUUCUGUAUAUGCACCAUCCCCAAAUUCAGAUGAUUUCAACCGUGAAUCUCCUAGUUAUCCAUCUCCCAAGCCACCAACCAGUAUGUUUGCUAGCACUUUCUUUAUGCAAGAUGGGACCCACAAUUCUUCUGACCUUUGGAGUUCAUCAAAUGGGAUGAGCCAGCCUGGUUUUGGUGGAAUUCUGGGGACCUCCACUUCCCACAUGUCUCAAUCCAGUAGUUAUGGCAGCCUUCAUUCACAUGACCGCUUGAGUUAUCCUCCACACUCAGUUUCACCGACAGACAUAAACACGAGUCUUCCACCGAUGUCCAGCUUCCAUCGCAGCAGUACCAGCAGUUCACCUUACGUUGCUGCCUCACACACGCCUCCCAUCAAUGGGUCAGACAGCAUUCUAGGAACCAGAGGGAAUGCUGCUGGAAGCUCACAGACAGGUGAUGCACUUGGAAAGGCUUUGGCAUCUAUUUAUUCUCCUGACCAUACCAGCAGUAGUUUUCCAUCAAAUCCAUCAACACCAGUUGGAUCACCCUCACCUCUCACAGGUACCAGUCAAUGGCCCAGACCUGGAGGGCAAGCUCCUUCAUCCCCAAGCUAUGAAAACUCCCUCCACUCCCUGAAAAAUCGAGUUGAGCAGCAACUUCACGAGCAUUUGCAAGAUGCAAUGUCCUUCUUAAAGGAUGUCUGUGAGCAAUCUCGAAUGGAAGAUCGUUUAGACAGACUGGAUGAUGCUAUCCAUGUGCUGCGGAAUCAUGCCGUGGGACCUUCUACCAGUUUGCCUGCUGGUCACAGUGAUAUACACAGUUUAUUGGGACCAUCCCACAAUGCACCAAUUGGAAGCCUCAAUUCAAACUAUGGUGGAUCAAGCCUUGUUCCAAGCAGUCGAUCUGCUUCAAUGGUUGGAACUCAUCGAGAAGAUUCUGUCAGUCUCAAUGGCAAUCAUUCAGUCCUGUCUAGUGCAGUCACUGCUUCAAGCACAGACUUGAACCAUAAGACACAAGAAAAUUAUAGAGGUGGCUUGCAAAGUCAGUCUGGAACUGUGGUUCCAACAGAAAUCAAGACUGAAAACAAAGAGAAAGAUGAAAACCUUCAUGAACCUCCUUCAUCGGAUGACAUGAAAUCAGAUGAUGAAUCCUCCCAAAAAGAUAUCAAGGUUUCAUCUAGAGGCAGAACAAGCAGCACUAAUGAAGAUGAGGAUUUGAACCCAGAACAGAAGAUAGAAAGGGAGAAGGAAAGGCGGAUGGCUAACAAUGCCAGAGAACGCUUGCGUGUGCGGGAUAUUAAUGAGGCAUUCAAAGAGCUUGGUCGAAUGUGUCAGCUUCAUUUAAAGAGUGAAAAACCCCAAACAAAGCUUCUUAUUCUUCAUCAGGCCGUGGCAGUCAUUCUUAGUCUAGAACAGCAAGUCAGAGAGAGGAAUCUUAACCCCAAAGCAGCCUGCCUUAAGAGAAGGGAAGAAGAAAAAGUUUCUGCCGUAUCGGCAGAGCCGCCAACCACACUGCCAGGAACCCAUCCUGGGCUUAGUGAAACUACCAACCCUAUGGGUCAUAUGUAAACAUCAGCCAGUUCCAGAGUUAUCAGUAGGCUAGAUAGAAGGUGACCUCUCCUCAUAAGGACUUGGACAACUCAGAUUAUCUGAAGACAUAAACCUGAUAGGAGGGAGAAGAAAAAACAAAACACUUGAAGCAAGAAACUCAAAUGUAAUCCUACGAUCAAAGCAACUGGUCAACACUUCCAUCAGAAGUGAAGACAGGAAGCCCAUCAGAUAGAACGAACGUCAGCCCAUUGGCAACAUAUCACUUUGUUGCAAGCAGUGUGUCGCUUCUGCACAAUCAGAGACUGUCUCAAUCUCUCCACUCACCGUGGAAGUUGCCUUGUGCCUAAACUGAAUUGACAAAUGCAUUGUAACUACAGAUUUUAUUUAUUGUUAUGGAACUGUAAGGUCUACACAUAAAGGGAGAAAGUUGAUGUGGAAAGCUGAUCUACACUCAGCUGAUGCCAGCAUUCGUUAAAACUGUUCACGUGCAGAGAACAAAGCAGUGACAACCAUUGGCCCUUAGCAUUCCUGGCAUACCUAUUAGUGUCUUAAAAAGGAAGGGAAAAGUCUUUCGUUGCCCUCUCCUAUCUUUUUGCCAUAUGAAUAGUGUUUUCCAUGAAAUAGGAAAAUAUUACUUGGUAUAGCAUUUCUCUUGCUCAUUUUUUCAUUCAUUUUUAUUUUCUCUUUGUGGGUGUUAUAUUUGGUCUCUGAAUCUGAGUAGUUUAUGGUCACAGUCCAGAAGCCUCCAUGUAGCCCAACGUGCUUUGCAUACUUACCUUACAAAGAUCAGCAGAGACCAUCUGUGACCAGAGCCUAGCUAAGAUUUUGAAAGGGGAAAUUUUGUCCCCUGGAUUUUCCCCCAAAUAAAUAUUGCUUUAUUUCUAAUAAUAACCAAGACUUUUCAAGCUUCUAGAUAUCAUAGUAAAGCUUGUAAUAGCAAAAAGUGUAAAUUACAAGGAAAGAAUCUACUAUUUAGAAAUUGCUUUGUUUUCCAAGCAGUAAGUACUACGUAUAGUACUUGUAAAGUGUUAGCUAUAAGUAAGCACAAAAUGGAUUUAAAAAUACAAAGAAGAUUUUCAGGCUGUGGUUAUGGCGAACAUAACAAAACUCAGUAGUCACCAAGGCAGGUAGUGUGAUAAAUGAACACACCACUCUGAGGCUAAUUACUUAAUGGAAUACAAGAGCAAUGGUCACCCAUGUUUCCUUAUCCUAGCCUUUAUUUCUCUGUCAUUUGGAUGGCUGGUCAGUAGGGAGAAAUUCAGUGGGUGAUUUAAUCAACUGCAAACCAUCUGCCCCUGUCCCGAGAAGAUGAGCCAGAUCAGCAUUGAACCAGUACUUGUCAGUCCAUCUUAAAGUGUGCAUUAAGGCACCCUGUGUCUCUAAUUCUUAAGAGUUGUUUUUUAAGACAUAAUAAUAACUUCAAACUUCCAUGAAAUCUGUCUUCCACCGCAACAAGAUCUGGGAGAGAAAAACAUGCUAAACGAUGUUGACUUGGCAUAAUAAUUCCGCCAAUAUCAACAGCGGCAGUCCGCACACAGAAGAAAGGACCCAAAUCACUAUGUAACGUAAAGAUUUCUGUUAAUCUGAAAGAACAAAAACAAAACAGAACGUCAGAUCCUCCAAUCAGGACAAUUCCUAACAAAUCAGUCUUUUGUGAACGUAGUGGACUUUUUUGGUUACUUUAUUUUGCAUAUAUCCUCCAAUUACAUCAGAUUCUAUCUGUGGCCUUGUUCUUCAUUUCAGUGUUAAUCAGCUAAACAGAAAUUGUUGCUUAUGAUGUGUGAGUGAACAUACGCCACUGCCUGGCCUUUUUUUCUUCAGAGCUUGUUGUCUUUUUCGCUAUAUUAGACUUUGCAGUAUGCCCAGAAGCUUUCCUUCAUAAAAUAGAAAGAAAAAAACAUUUGGCUUAUUUUUCACUGUAGCUAGUCUUUUAUACAAUAAUCUUGUAAGAAAAUUUCUUGAAUUCUAAAUAUUACUCUUUCUAGAUUUUUGAAAUCGAAAAGUUUUCAGUAAAAAGUUUCUUACUUUAUUUUAUUAUAUUAGGUAGUAAAAAUGUAGGGUUAUUUACCAUAACCUGUUCAUUAAUAUCAGAAAUUUACAAUAGCAUUUUAAGACCAUAGUAGGAUUCUAGCAUACCGUGUAGUACCUAUGGAGUAUUGUAAGAGCUAAUUGUCCGAGAUGAAUUGCUUCUCAUCUUGUUCUCCAGUUUCCAUUGUUGGUUUACUGCAGAUUUGUAUCCUGUGUCAAAUUUAAGGUAUUAUUGAUAAACCUUUCAACCAGCAGCAAGAAGUUCAAAAUUUUUUCUGUCACUGUAACAGAAAACACAAUAUGUAUAUAACAUUUAUGUAGCAAUAAAUGUGCCAUCUUUUUUUAACAUAGUAAGCCAGUGAGUUUUUUACAUUCCUCUCUCAAAGAAUAAUGCAUUUUUUCCUCCAUCUCAUUCCUCCCAGAAAUGUCCACACUGCUUUUUUCCCCCAGCUUUCUUGAAAUAUAACUGACAUAUAAUAUUGUAAAGUUUAAGGUAUACAGCACAAUAAUUUGCUAUAUGUAUAUGUUGCAAAAUGAUCACCACAGUAAGGUUAGUUAACACAUCCAUCACCUCACAUAGUUGCGUUUUUGUAUGUAUGGUGAGAAUUUUAAGACCCACCCUGCCUUUCCUGUCUGCAUUAUCUGCGACAUUAUCUGCCUGGGAAACCUGGCAGGACAGAAUCAGACUUGUAGAAAUAAGUUGGUAAUCAAGUCUGUAGCUUCUCUGAGAUGUGUGUUUCUCCUCUUUCUCUCUUUAUUGAUAGAGGCCUUUUAGCCUCUCCCUGAAAGUUGACCAAACAUCAAUUAGUAGUUAAACAUCGACUCAUUUGCAGAUCUAGAGAAAAACGAAGAUGGAAAAAGACUCAGGUGAGGCUUUUCAAAUCAACAUCCUUCAAAGCACUUUCACAUGGUGUAUGUCCCUUUUCCCACAAAAAAAGCCUAUGUUAUAAUUAGGGAAUGGUAUUCCUUACUGUUUUUCAGAUAAAAAGUUCUGCUUUCAUCCCAGUUUGCACACACACCACCACAAAAAUAUGCAUAGUGAUUAGCGAUGAGGACUUCAUGCCAAGCGAGAGCCUGAGAAAAACAGUGGACAAACUUCCUGUGGGGCCUGUGUGUGAUACCUGUGGUCGUUAUCACACCCUCUCGGCAUCCUGGCAGAUUGCUUCUCUUGGUGAAUUCUGAAGUCCACUGUUCACACUGGAGGCCCAACGGAUCAUUUUAGUAAUGGUGGGAUUUGGUGAAAGCAGUUAAACAUUUUAGUUUGAUUUUUCUUUAUACAAAAUAAUAAACUAAGUUAAAAGUUCCAU